CUACAGAUUUGUGAAAAAUCUAGCAUUUCUCCAUUGAAUAAUAAUAUUGCAUGUCCCUUUCUUUCUCCUACCCCACUUCAAGAAACACUGGAUACUUUGGAAAAGUGGGUUACUGAAAUCUUCUCCCAGAUACCAAACAAUGGGUUAUCCAAACCAAACUGCCAUUUAACGGAUCCAUUCGACACACCAGCAUUUAACAAACUUUAUAGAGUUGUUCCAAUCAGAAAGAUUCAUGCUCUGACCAUCACAUGGGCACUUCCUCCUCAACAGCAACAUUACAGGGUAAAGCCACUUCAUUAUAUCUCCUGGCUGGUUGGACAUGAAGGCAAAGGCAGCAUUCUUUCUUACCUUAGAAAAAAGCAAGUAUUCAUGCUGGCUCUUGCACUGUUUGGUGGAAAUGGUGAAACAGGAUUUGAGCAAAAUUCUACUUAUUCUGUGUUCAGCAUUUCUAUUACAUUGACUGAUGAGGGUUACGAACAUUUCUAUGAGGUUGCUCAUACUGUCUUUCAGUAUUUAAAAAUGCUGCAGAAGCUAGGCCCAGAAAAAAGAAUUUUUGAAGAGAUUCAGAAAAUUGAGGAUAAUGAAUUUCAUUACCAAGAACAGACAGAUCCAGUUGAGUAUGUGGAAAACAUGUGUGAAAACAUGCAACUGUACCCACUGCAGGACUUUCUUACUGGAGACCAGCUCCUUUUUGAAUAUAAACCAGAAGUCAUUGCUGAAGCCCUUAAUCAGCUAGUUCCUCAAAAAGCAAAUCUUGUUCUACUGUCUGGUGCUAAUGAGGGAAAAUGUGACCUCAAGGAGAAGUGGUUUGGGACUCAGUAUAGCAUAGAAGAUGUUGAAAACAUUUGGGCUGAAUCAUGGAAGAGUAAUUUCAAAUUAAAUCCAGAUCUUCAUCUUCCAGCUGAAAACAAGUAUAUAGCCACUGACUUUACAUUGAAGGCUUUUGAUUGCCCAGAAACAGAAUACCCUGUUAAAAUUGUGAAUACUCCACAAGGUUGCCUGUGGUAUAAGAAAGACAACAAGUUCAAAAUCCCUAAAGCCUAUAUACGUUUCCAUCUGAUCUCACCUUUGAUACAGAAGUCUGCAGCAAAUGUGGUCCUCUUUGAUAUCUUUGUCAAUAUCCUUACCCAUAACCUUGCGGAACCAGCUUAUGAAGCUGAUGUGGCACAGCUUGAGUAUAAACUUGUAGCUGGAGAGCAUGGUUUAGUUAUUCGAGUGAAAGGAUUCAACCACAAACUACCUCUACUAUUUCAGCUCAUUAUUGACUACUUGGCCGAGUUCAAUUCCACACCAGCUGUCUUUACAAUGAUAACCGAGCAGUUAAAGAAGACCUACUUUAACAUCCUCAUCAAGCCUGAGACUCUGGCUAAAGAUGUGCGGCUUUUAAUCCUGGAAUAUGCCCGUUGGUCUAUGAUUGACAAGUACCGGGCUUUGAUGGAUGGCCUUUCCCUUGAGUCUCUGCUGAGUUUUGUCAAAGAGUUCAAAUCCCAACUCUUUGUUGAGGGCCUAGUGCAAGGGAAUGUCACAAGCACGGUGAGUGUGAGGUGCUCUGGGAGUGUGUGCUGGGCCUGAAUUCGGUUGUGGACUCUGGAAUUACAUUAGUUCCUCCCUAAAGGGGAAGCUUUGGUUUUUGCAGGCCAGCAUUAUCAUAUACUGAUUAGGAAUUAUAUACGGAUUAGGAGGGCUCCUGACUCUGAUCCUGGGCAACUUUCUUUUUAGGAAGAAGACUGUUUAUGACUUUGAGUGAAAUAGGGUUGGCAUAUUUGUGCUUUUGGUUAAGUAUGGUGAAGAUUGUAUAUGGAAACCAUAAAUACUUUAGAGAUUAGUGGGAGGAAGGAUGGUAAGGGUUGUAUACAUAAUACAUACAUAUAGCCAGAACCUGUAUGUCAAGCUUUGUCAAGCUAAGGGGAAAUGAAAUGAUUCCACUUAUAUGAGAUA